AUGACAACAGAAGUUCUUUUUAGUGAAAGUAAAUCAACAAUUGGUCUCCGUGUCAAUCCUAUCGUUGGCGAUGGUGAUAUUAAAGAAUUAAGGUUGGUUCUUUCUGUAGUAUAUCAUAUACUGUAAUAGGUAUAAUAAUAAUACAUAAUUCAUAAAUUCGAACGGUCUGCGCCCGCGUACGUAGUGACAAUAACAGCAGAAAGCUGCGUAUUGAGAGGGAUAGGCAACUUGCAUGUUACCAAAGCAUCAUGGGAAAAAUGGUAACCUUCACUUGCGCGCGAAAUGGCCGCCGUAGAGCGAGCAUUUUGCAUGUGAGAAAUAUAGUUUAUUUUUAACACUUUUUUCGUAACGUUUGAAAAUUUUAAAACAACCUGAAAAAUGCAAGUAAAGCUUUGACGUUUCGAGCGAAAGCCAAUCAUAUCAUAGGAUUUCAGAAAAAUCAGCGAUUAAUUUUAACCCAUCGAUGCGCAAGACGUUUAAACCACUUACGAUUAAAAUCAUCUGGUGUUAGACAGAGUAAAAAGAUAAGUUCGGCUGCGGUUGGGCCAUCACAAUGUGUGGAAAGGUUUAAUGAUUUUCUUCCAUCUGUCAAAGAUUUGUCAAUAUAAUAUUCAUUUUACUGCCAGGGUCGCCCAGGGGGGGGGGGGCAAAGGGGCAAUUUGUCCCAUGCCUCAGGCUUAAGAGGGCCGCCAAAAAGGACUUUUACGGAGUGGAAGGGAGGGUAUUUUGCCCCGCGCUCCACAAAAGCUCUGGGAGGCCCUGUUCCCUGCAAAAUGCAGCAACCUUCUGGGCCGUUUUCACCGUUUUUCUGAUACACUGAAAAAAACACUGUAAAAUGUUUUUGGUUAAACUAGAAAUAACCCUUAAUAUAUUCCUCGGGCCGCGGUUGCUCAAAAGCUGGUUAGCUUAAUCCUACGUAGGUUAACGAAAAAUUUCGAAGCAAAUUUCCAGCGUUUUGUUUACAAACAUGGAAAUAUUUUUCCAGAAAUCUUAUUUGGAUCAAUAGAGCUUGAAUUGUACAGUGAAAUUUUGAGAUAAACGGAUAUGCACAAGGCUAAAUUUUAAUCCAGGGUUAGCGCUAAACAAGCUUUCAACAACCGCCCCCUGGUUUAAUUUCCGUGGUUAUUGAACCCUUUUCCUACUAGUUAGAAAUGAUCUUUAUUUUCAGCUGUGCAUCUGAGACUUCAAAAUUUGGCAUCCCGGUAGGUAGAAACGCCAUUCUAUAGCUAACCUGGUUUUGCAAUUUACAAAUUUCGAAUGUUUUAAACGUGCAUGGACAAGCAAAAUAAUUUUAAAGAUGUUAUCAUUAACUUUGCUAGAUGACUGAGGAAUUAAAGAAGAAAAUCACUGAAUAUUACAUUCAACAUUCGUGGCUAACUGCCUUGCAUGUGCAUAUCGGAUCUCAGGUUGGUUUUAAUAUUACACCUUCAAGAAUCUUUUAGUCAGAUCAGUAAGUGGAGUGCAUGCAACGUAAGCUUAUCUUAGGGACCGGUCAUUAUUUCUGGUGGGGGGUGGCACCGAAGAGAAAUGUUUUUCGUGGCAAAAAUUUUGCUGACCCAACCAUUAAAAAAUCAAAAAUAUGAUUACCCAACCUCAAGUAUCAUUUAAAAAAUAAAUACCCACCCCUGGCCAAAAACGUUACAAAAGGAUGUCAUUCAGUUGUCACACAUGGCACAAGUCCUUCACCACUUCUGUGAUACGUUUGAUAACGUUCGGCUUGUGAAUGUUUGAUAGUUUGAUAACGUUCGGCUUGUGAAAUUUACUGACUUUUCUGCAGUCUAAAGUUUCAUGUUGUCUGCACAUUUACUUUCUUUGGAUACACCAUUUGUCUCCCAACAAAUCGGAAAAUGAUGAAGAUAUAGAUUGAUUCACAUAUUGUAUUGACAUAUGACUGUUGACAUUGAAGUUUUCAGUCUUCAAUAUUUGAGUGAGUCAUGCUUUGGAAAUGACAAUAAAUUUUUAUUACCCAACCUUUGAGUUGUUUCGUUUGUCAUUUACCCAACCUUUUACUCACUCAAAAUUUUGUUUACCCAACCCUUUUCUCUUCGGUGCCACCCCCCGCCAAAAAUAAUGACCGGUCCCUUACUACAUCAUUUUGCAUGCAUGUCAUCAGUGCCGUCGCGAGGAACUCAUUUCAGGGGGGUGUUUGGUUAAAUCUACCUGAAAGUAUCAAAAUUGCAAAUUUUACCUGAAAAAUAUUUUUCCAAAAAUUAUUUCUUGCAACUUCCGCCCCCCGGUCGCCAAAAAAUUUUCGGUCAGUAAAAAAAUUUUUCCGGACAUAUCAAAAUUUUUCGCAACAUAGCAACAUAAAAAAAAAUUUCCGGACAUAACAACAGGCCAGAUCCGCCCCUGGUUGGCGGUUAAAUGCAAGCGAUAGUUAUAACUGUCAUUAACUCUCACCCUUGUUUGACCUAGGCUAUAUAUAAAGUUAUUUCAUAUCUUCUUUUAAUUUAGUCAUUUGAUGGAGAACAAUUAUCUAAGGGAUUGAAGAAAGCAGUUGCAUUAGCUUUGGUAAGUUUUGUAAUAUAUACAGCAUUACAGCGUGAGCGGCCGUGUUGUUUCAGAUAUGCAAACUUAAAGGCGAGUGGAAACACGAACGCAAAUGCUUUAUAGGUUGUGUUGUGUGAAAAGCAAAGGCCCGCUUAUAUAGUUUCAAUUUUUGCAGCGGUUUCUAGUGUUAUUCUCCUCUUCUGGUGCAUGUGAACGAAUAGAUGAAUUAUGCAUGAAUGACAGAAUGUUUUGAGUUAGCCUGCGAACAGGCAGUUCUGAGUAUGUGCACCCUCAUCUGAACAUCCAUAGCUAAUCUACCGUCUACCCAUUCACAUCCAUCAGAAGAGGAAAAUUGAUUCUUUUGAAUAAUUCAUGAAUUAUUAAUGAGACAAUAGGGCCAUUUAUACGGGACAAAAUAAGUCGCGACUUACAUAAGACGCGUCUUAUAUAAGCGGAGUUAUCGCAUAAAUGGUUCUCUACUGCUUUAUUCUUAUUUACUUGCUAUACUGUAGCUAUAAUGUUGUUUCGGUUGUUUUAAUAUGCAAGGCUAAUAAUAUUACGUUGUUUCAAGUUUCGGGCAUGUGUAGUUAGAAUUUUUGAACAGCUAAAAGUCCUGUUCUUAUGUAAGACACGUCUUAUCCAAGACGCGUCUUACAUAAGAAUGUUGUACCUUUUAUACGACAAACUCGCGUCUUAUUUAAGUCGCGUCUUAUGUAAGUCGCGUCUUAUUUUGUCCCAUAUAAAUGGCCCUAAUGAGUUUUACAAUAUUUUGUACAAAGUAUUUUAUGAAAAUAUCGUCCUUGUGUAUACAGCAACACGUAUGAUUAGACAGCACGUAUGAUUAGACAGCACGUAGGCGGCGUAACGGGGGACUAGGAGGGGUAUAGCCCCUCCAGAAAUAAAAGUGGGGCUAAGCUCCCCCCCAAAAAACAAUUAGUUUCAAAUUGGCAAUUCCAGCUUUUAGUUUAUACCUGCAGGGGAUGAUGGGAAGUAAGGUAUCAUAUUGCUGAUUAUGCUAAAAAUUUCAAUAAAAACUACCGAAGCAACCGAAAUAUUUCAAUAUUUACAAGUAUAAGCUAUCACUCCGUGUUUACACGGCCACAAUUUUUAUUUUUUCAGCAUAAUCAGCAAUGUGAUACCUUACUUCCCAUCGUCGCCUGUACGCAUAAACUAAAAGCUGGAAUUGCCUAUUUAGAAGUUUAUAAAAUGGAGGAAAAUUUUUUAGCCCCUCCCCCCUCCCCUCAUCGCCAACUUGGCAACAUUUCCGAGGAAAAAUUUAUAUGUUGCACAAUCUUUUGUAAUUAUUUUCCCCCCAAAACAAAAACUUUCCUGCCGCCUUUCAGACAACAUUUAUUAAAUCGGUUUCGCCAUGUUUAGAAAAUCAAUGGAAAAGUUGGUCGAAAUCAAGUCUGCGUUUUCGAUAUUGGCGGAGGAUAUCCAGUAAGUUUUCUAUUGCAAUAAACAGUGGACCAAUAGACCCGAAAUACGUUGUAUUUGUCAAGAACAGUAACACCAAGUCGAGGCUUAUAGUGCAAGAGGCUUCGGUGGUGUAGUCGUCAGGGCAAGCGCCUUUCCCCUUUGCAGGCUUUCUUGCCAUCCUACUUUUCCUACUUUUUCCUACUUUUCUUCAACUUUCCUACUUUUCCUAUUUUUUAUUAAAAAUUGCUUGAUUUUCCUACUUUUUCCUACUUUUUCUCAUAAAAUCCUACUUUUUUAAGACAGCUUGGGGAAUCAGUAUGUUAUAGCUCUCGUAAUUAGAUCUACAGGACUCGUAAUUUUUAUUCCCUAUUUGUGUCCCAGAUGAUGUACAUUUUGCGAGUAUAAAAUUUCAUAGCAUCUCUAGAAUCAUAAUCAAUAAAUUAAUGAAGACUCUGAAAGUGCCAUUUCCGACGAUCUAGAGAUUCCAAAUAUUCAACUCCCCCCUCCCCCCCCUCAGUUAAUCAAGCAUCAUACAGUAUAUAUGCUCCUGCCGCAGUGUGGAUUGGUGCAUUGUGUAGCCCAAUACAUGCAUUUGAAUUGUGUUGCUGCAGAGCCGAUGCCUUAGCUUUUAUACCUAUACAAUUUAAAAGUUUUGAGAAAAAAAUCCUGCAUAGAUGAAUGAGUACAUAAAAAUAUUGAGCACCAAAAAUUCACACAACUUCCCCAUCAGAUAUCUAAUGGUCUACCCCUUACCACAUAUAUCCUAGGGGCCAAUUUUGUAUAUUUUUGUGUUAUUUGCAUCUCCAAAACUCCUACUUUUGUCCUACUUUUCUACACAUUUUCCUACUUUAUUCCUACUUUUCCUAAAAUUCUAGUCCUACUUUUAUCCUACUUUUCUACACAAGGAUGCCAGAAAGCCUGCCUUUGAGAUCUUGGGUUCGAUUCUCGCUAGUGAAAAGGAGUCAGUCAACGCUCUGCCGAAAGUCGUGGGUUUUCUCCGGGUGCUCCCGUUUCCUCCCAUAGGGAAAGUUGACAGGGUGGGUUAGGACAGACACAGUUAAGAAAGCAUUAUCACAAUUGUUGUAAAGAUAAAAUAGUAUGAUACGGGAAAAAACAGAAAUAAUGUUAAAGUCCUUCAAAUGGUUUUUACUUGGUGUACUCUCGCCUAAAGUUUUGUAUAAAGUUCUUUUAUUUUAUUUUAUAGGUAAAUAGAAAAGAUGAUACCAUAACACCCACAUUUUACGAGUAUGCCGACAUCUUAAGAGUGAGUCAUUCAACUCAAUCAUAGUAAAGUUUUAACGUUUGUUAAUACAUGCUUCUGGAAAGUACGUCACCUUGGCUAUAGAGCCUCGCUUUCGUAAUGUGAGCAGAUCUUGCAGCCCCGGCCUUGCCCACUAUAUUUUAGCGGCAAACUGCACAAUAAGGUACCGCUGAAACAAAUUCAACGUUCGCAACUGGUCAGGGUUAGGUUUGAAAUUCUAUUUAAGUCUUUCGCUCGAAAUUUCCAUCAACAACGCCCUUCUCAUAUGAUAAGUUUUCUUUAUAGAAAGAGAUACCUGAACUGUUCCCGGAGUAUGGUGUGUUCAAAAAAGUGGUAACAGAAUUUGGUCAAGCUUUGAAUGCCAAGGUGAUUGUAAUCAUUGGAGUAAAACCUUCAACUAUACAUGUACUUUUUGAAUGAAGUUUCAGACCUCCAGACACCUCCCCCCCCCCCUAUAUUCAGGUUUUAACCCUUAAAAAGUAAAAACCCUCAGCCCUAUAUAUACAAGCACUUUUUAAUGAAAUUUCAGAGGCCCAGACCACCCUCCCCCUCUUCUAUUCAGGUUUUAACCUUAGGCAAUUUUAACCGUGACAUUCAGGCAGGUUGGUUGGCGAGCAGAGUGGAAUACGUAAAACCAUCUGGAAAUGAAGAACUCCGGAUUGCUCUCACCCACGUUGGAGCGGUAAGUCAAAGUCCGAUAAUUUAAAGUGCGACUAACCCCAAAUAUAAUUGCUGGCAGGGUCUUAGCUAGGAUUUUAUAUCUUGGGCGUGUUUCUAAAUGACCAACGCGUGCACAUGUCAAUUACCUUGAAUAGCCAAAUUCACGGUUCUAGUUAUGGCUAGCCAACAACAGACAAUGCCUGUGGUUGUUCCAUGCUUUGGAACCAAAUACAAGGCGAGCAUACGCUCAUAUUGUGCACUGACAUUAGAAUCUUAAGUUAUUUCAGCAACUCUUGGGGGUAAUAUUUAAAACCAUUUUACAGUAACACCAUAUCCAUCAAAACAUUAAAACAUCACGGAUCAGUUUUGCCAAUUUCAACAACUACAGUAGAUUUUACUUCCUUACGACAUAAAUAUAGAAAGAAAUUAUGUCUGUUGUAAGCAGUAACACCUCAUUUUUUUGAACCUACACGGCCUUAUAUAAAUAAUGAAGCCGUGUUCAUUUUAUCUAGCCGUGUUUUUCCAUUUUUGGCCGUGAUAACACGGCCAACACGGCCCUCUAGCUAAGACCCUGAUUGUUGGCAUGUGUAAUAUCUAGGUCAUUCUAAGAAGAAACGUAAUGUAUCAUUAUAGUAAAAAACCUCAUCUUGAUCAACUUUUUCACUGUCAAAGUUUGUGGAUGUGAUGUCAAUAUGUCAUUAGGUGAAUUUUUGGUACAAAAAACAAAGGGAAACUAAUUUGCAAUUCAUCUUGUGACAUCAUAUCCGGAAACUUUGACAGUGGAAAAGUUGAUCAAGAUGGAACUUUUUAUUAUGAAGAUAUAUUGUAUUUAUUCUUCAAAUGGCCCAAAUAUUACACAUACCAAAAAUCAUAUUUGUGGUUAGUCGCACUUCAAAAUUCUAGCUGCAGUGCACAGUACAUCACUGGUGCUAGGGAUGUACCUGAUCUAGUUUCCGGCCGGUUACACUCUACAAACAUUUAACAUUCUGGUUAAAAUUUUCUGGUUAACCUAGAAAUAUCACUGUUUGGUCUAACUUAAUAUUCCUGGUUAUUUUCUCUCACUUCCUACCAAUAAAUUCGCAACGCAUGUUGAACCCUAAUCUAACGCCGACUCUAACCCCAAUCGCUAAUUCGCUAUUUUUUUUUUAAUCUUUACUGAAGAUAUUAAAAAUACUUCAAAAACUCAUUAAUAAUUCAUGAAGCAAUGAUCCAAUCUUGAGUAAGAAAUUAGUCACGUGCAUACGUCUUUAUACCAGCUAAAGAACACUUUAACAAAAGACCAUUGUUAUGCAAACUAUAUAUAAAGAUUUUUAUAUAAAAAUUUUUAUAUAAAGAUUUUUAUAUAAAUAUUUUAAUUAAUAUAAAGAUUUGACUUAUUAUGCAAACGUUUUUGAAGCCAUUUAAAAAACUCGCAGGUCGUGUUUUAUUAGGUCUAAAGCCACUCGCGCUGCGCGCUCGUGGCUUUAAACCUAAUAAAACACUCCUGCUCGUUUUUUAAAUAGUACAUGAAAUCACAGUUUCCUGAAAUUGCGUUAGACAAUAAUUGCGUUAGACAAUGAAGGAUGACAAAUGUAUACAAACGAAGUCGAAUUUUGAUGCAACGAAUUUUAGUGACCACAAAGCCGAUCACUCUGAGUCAUCGUUCGACGUUUUGCUGUGCUUUUAUGAUGCAUUGUAUAACUUUUUCACAGGAUUUGUGUAUGCGAACAUGCUACCUUCCUCAGCAAAAGAAAUACCAGGUACAGUAAUUAUUUUUCUGUGGACGGUGAUUUUUCUUUGAUAUGCGACUGUCAGACGACAUUGUAAUCAGGAAACUGUAUAUGUUGCGUGGGGUGAAAGGCGAGUAGAUAGUCUCUUAAAGUAUGGUAUAACUACAAUUUUGUAUGAUUUGUUUCAGCGAAGAGUACGUGUAUUCAACAACAAUGGCCAGGCAAAGACAGGAACGGUUAGAAAGUAAAUUUGUCUUCGAAAUCAACACGAAUCCCUUUUUGAGUCCCCCCUCUCUUCAAUAACCCCCUUCCCCUCAAACUACGUACGUAUCUGAAAUAAACUUAAGGUAUGUAAUAUAAAUGGUGGGCUUAUAUAUGCAUACACUGAUACAGUCAGCGUUAUCGUAUAUAAGGCCACAUUUCUUGGUUGGAUUAUGGAUUAUCCCAAGUGCAUGGCCAUGGAUGCCGCUAUCCUGCACGGAAAACCGUUAGGUAAUUGUUCUAUAAAAUGACUAGUGUGAACAACGGUUAAAGUUCAUUGGCAAUAAAAAAAUAGUUUAGUUCAUUUGAAAGAACUUUUAAAACUAUAUAUUGAAUUCUAUUACAGAUUGUUUAAACUGUAUCUUGCUUGGCAAACUGGAAUUCGAUUGGGCACCAUUUUGUUUUUGUAGAAUUUAGCCCGCCAUUUUAUUUUCGACAUGACAGGUCAAUUCAUUUUGCCUGCCAUUUUUGAAAUAUGGCCUGCCUUUGGCCAUUGGCAGGCCGCUAUUUCGAGCCCUGAAAUUUGACCCCAGGACGUCUCUUUUGGGGACAUUUUGAAUUUACAGUGUAAAAUUUUUCUCAUUGCCAUUAUCGUUUAAGUACAUGGGGUAUUCUUUGUUUUGAACGAAUCACAAUACAAUCAGUUCUUAUAACUACAGCUGGUUGAUAUCUAUAUUGCAGGAAAAACGCUACAAUAUUGCUGGGCCUUUGUGCUUUUCGGGUGAUGUGUUAAAAUAUGAUGCCCUUUUACCAGAGGUUUGUUUCUAAGUCUAUUUUUUCUUUCAUGCGACCAAUUAUCUGUCAUGGAAACCUUUUGUUUUACAUAUAUUGCAUGUCUUUCUUCUGCCGUGCAGGUCGAAAGAGGAGAUUACCUUGUUUUGCUUGAUUGUGGUGCAAAUUCUUUGUCGGUUCUAAACAGACAUUGCAGUCGAUUUGCUCCCUCCGUUUUUGGUAUGUUAUAUAAUUGUUGUUUGUUGCAGUGAUUUGUGGUUCCAUACCAAACAAACGGAACCGAUUUCCUCCUGUGGUAACACUAGAUUAAUAGUAAAUGAUGAACCUCAGGCAAUUUUUUCUUUUCCUGUAGUAACACUAGAUUAGUAGUAAAUGAUGAACCUUAGGCAAUUUUUUCUUUUUCUGUGGUAACACUAGAUUAGUAGUAAAUGAUGAACCUUAGGCAAUUUUUUCUUUUCCUGUAGUAACACUAGAUUAGUAGUAAAUGAUGAACCUUAGGCAAUUUUUUCUUUUUCUGUGGUAACACUAGAUUAGUAGUAAAUGAUGAACCUUAGGCAAUUUUUUCUUUUUCUGUGGUAACACUAGAUUAGUAGUAAAUGAUGAACCUUAGGCAAUUUUUUCUUUUCCUGUAGUAACACUAGAUUAGUAGUAAAUGAUGAACCUUAGGCAAUUUUUUCUUUUUCUGUGGUAACACUAGAUUAGUAGUAAAUGAUGAACCUCAGGCAAUUUUUUCUUUUCCUGUAGUAACACUAGAUUAGUAGUAAAUGAUGAACCUUAGGCAAUUUUUUCUUUUUCUGUGGUAACACUAGAUUAGUAGUAAAUGAUGAACCUCAGGCAAUUUUUUCUUUUCCUGUGGUAACACUAGAUUAGUAGUGUAUAAAUGAUGAACCUCAGGCAAUUUUUUCUUUUCCUGUAGUAACACUAGAUUUGUAGUAAAUGAUGAACCUUAGGAGGCAAUUUUAUCAUUUCCUGUGGUAACUAGAUUAGCACGCUUAUAGAAAUCCAUGCAAGUUUUAGGAAAUACAAAAACGUUUAUUCUAACAUCAUAUUGCAGGCUAUCGUACAACAAAAAAUGGCGAAGUGAAUUUUGUUGUUUUAAAGGUUGGUAUAUAAUAAAUCUUUAAUUAAAGAUUGCGCUUUCCGAGUCGGUUUAAAAUUCCAUCUUAGCACUCUAUAAAACCAGAAAUGAAAAGAGCAGAUCAAAAUUAGUAAGUGCACAAAAUUUGGAGACUAUAUUUUAAUAACCUAGGCACCUAGUUGAGUAUUUUUAGAACCACUGAGUAUUUUAAUAAAAUACAAAACAAGUGAAACUCCAAAAAUCGAUAACAUUUUUAUUUAUCUACGUUUCGACUAUAUUUCAGUCAUCAUCAGUUUGUCAUCUGAUGAUGACUGAAAUACAGCCGAAACGUAGAUAAUAAAAAUGUUAUCGAUUUUUGGAGUUUCACUUGUUUUGUAUUUUAGUUAAGUAUGUUUGGGGGAUUUUAAAGUACUGUAUCACUCAUAACUCAAUUUCAGAACCAUCCUCAGAGAUACGAAAAACUAGUUUCAUAUUAAUCUGAAACUGCUCGAUUGCAGUGUCAGAUUAAUAUGAAACUAGGUUUUCGUAUCUCUGAGGAUGGUUCUGAAAUAGAAUUGAAACACUGCGCGUCCUCUAAGACAAGCGUUAAAGUCGUAACGAAAAUAUUUCGUGCAUUAAAUUGGAUAAGACUCGCUACCAAUCCCUAUUGACUCGAUAGCUCAAUAGGUAGAGCGGCGGUGUAGAUACCCGAAGAUGCGAGUUCAAAUCCCGCUCGAGCCAACGAAUUUUUCGUUUGUCUAUUGCAGUGUCAGAUUAAUAUGAAACUAGAGUAAAUACUCAUAACUCAAUCUGACGUAUUUCGAAAAAUUAUGGAUCAAAGCACAUGCAUAGGCCUACGUACUUAGCAAAUUGUCACAGAAAUUUUGAUAAUAGUAUGCCGAGUGUCAGUAUAAUACCCAGAUCCACUUGGUAUAUUUCUUUUUUUCAGGAAGCUGAAACAAAAGACGAAUUGCUCAAAUUUUUGGGAGGUACAGUACCACUGUAGCGAAAAGCAAAAUAAUUUGUAACUCGUUUGAUUACAUCGUAUCUUGAAAAAAAUGACCGCCAAAAAGUUUAUCAAGAUGUUUUUUUACUAUGAAGAUAUAUUACAUUUCUUCUCAGAAUGACACCCUUACAGAAAAAACCCUACUUCUACGCCUCAUGCUUUGCAAUCCUAUUCUAUUGCAAUCCUAUUCUAAUCAAAAUAAUAGUCAAUAACUGUUCUUUAGCUAGCUCUAAUAUCCAAAUCCAAAAUAUAAUUCUGCAUGACCUUGAUUAUUACUCUAAUCCUUACUCUAAUGACGAGGAAAUUCAAAUACUAAUAAUUUAAGCAUCAAUCUUCGAAAACAAAAGUUACAAAACUGCUUCAUUUGGAAAAGAUAAAUAUUUUAUCUUUGUUUAGGAGGGAAGAAUGAAGACAAAUGACUGAACAUAUAUUACUUACAGAAUAUAUAGAGAUAAUUAUCCAAGGAGGUAUAAUAUUUGAGAAUAUACCAGGUUUGUGCAAUGUAAUAGACCAUUUCCGAAUUACGCUCUAAUUGUCAAGAGCAAUAACACCAAUGUUACAAUUUAGUGCGAAGCGUCAUUCUCAUGCUUUUGUCUGAGGGUGUUCAACCAUAAUUCGGAAAUGGCCUAUUUUAUAUGGUGCUAAUAUAAAUUGUAUUCAUAACAAACAUGCACCUAUUCAUAAUCGUGUUUUAAUCAACACAGAAACGUAUUCCUUUGCCUAUUACCUAUCAUUUCUUGCAUUAAAGUAGAGCAUUCCUCGCCAAAAUUGAAAACAAAGCUCUCAAAUCAAAACCAAUUUAAAAUUGAUUGCAAUUCACUAAUAGACAACUGUUUUCGUGUUUGAUUACAUAAAAUUAUACGUUUUAAAAAAAGAGGUCUGUUCAAACAUACCUGUAUUAAUAUAUCAAGAAUUUUGGUUCCUUUCCUGAUAUAUUUUUGAAUACAUGAUGAAAUGUAUUCUUAAGGACAUUUUGAAUGGAAAGAAAACAGACACAACGUGAAAUGUAUUCUUUUAUUCACAUAAAGUAACAGUUUUACAGAUUCUGUUUCCAUGCUUCCUUCAGUAAAAUAAUUUAAUAUUCUUGACAUAUCACGUAUUGCACAAUAAGUUGUCAUUAAAUAUAACCUAUAUAAUUUUAUUUAGGAGAUUAAAUAGCAGGGUCUCCCUAAUAGAGAGAUAACUGUAAGUAGAGAGAUGUCUGUGUUAGAGAGAUGUGUCUGUAAUGGAGAAAGGGGUACACAGUCUGUGUUGGAAAGAGGGGUCUGCAUUAGAGAGAGGUGCCUGUAUCAGAGAGAGGGGUCUGCAUUAGAGAGAGGUACCUGUAUUAGAGAGAGGGGUCUGCAUUAGAGGGAGGUGUCUGCAUUAGAGGGAGGUGUCUCCAUUAGAGGGAGGUGCCUGUAUUAGAGAGAGGGGUCUGUAUUAGAGAGAAGUGCCUGUAUUAGGGAGAGGUGUCUGUAUUAGAGAGAGGUGUCUGCUUAGAGAAAAUUAUUUUAUUCUAGGAAGCAUGUAAACAAAGCUGAGUAAAAGUUUUGACAGUUUCUUCAAGUGGAAGAAUAAAAAAAUUCACAUUUGUCCACUUUAAAAGUUGAAAAUGAAUUAAACCCUUUAAGUGGCAAUGCACUCUGAUGUGCCCCACUACUGUUUUAUUUAUACUCUGUCUAAUGCCAGAUGAUUUUACUCGUCAAGAGGAAAGUGCUGCCACUCAAUGGGUUAACAACUGUAGACAAAUAAAUUAAAUGUAACUAAUUUUCAAUUAAAUAUAUUUUUAUUAAAUUAUUUUUUACUCUUGAACUUGAGAUGCUGCAUUAUCAACAACUUUGUUAAUUUCGGGAUUUAACCAGUCCAGAGAUAGGUCAUCUAAAUGAUUAUCAAAAUCCACCAGACUUGGGUAGGCUUUGCCAAUCAUCAAUUGUGAUACAAUACUCAGUGUUUCAUCAUCAGCUAGACAACUAGAUAUA